AUGCACUUCCUGGAGGCCGAGGGCGGCUGGAGCUUGUCCUUUGCAGGCUCGGGUUUCUUGGGCCUCUACCACGUGGGCGCCACCCAGUGUCUGCACCAGCGCGCGCCGCGCAUCCUCCAGGGCGCUCGGUGCUUCUAUGGCUCCUCGGCAGGCGCGCUCAACGCCAUGACUAUCGUCUGCGGCAUGUCAACAGACUACAGCUGCUCCAAUCUCUUGGGCAUGGUGAAGCAUGUGGAGCGUCUGAGCCUGGGCAUCUUUCACCCAGCCUAUGGCCCCAUUGAGCACAUCAGGAAACAGCUGCAGGACACCCUACCUGACAAUUGCCACAUCCUGGCCUCCAAGAGGCUGGGCAUCUCCAUGACACGAUGGCCUGAUGGGAAGAACCGCAUAGUGACUGAUUUUGCCACUAGGGAUGAACUCAUCCAGGCUCUGAUCUGUUCCUUGUAUUUCCCUUUGUACUGUGGGACAAUCCCUCCGGCCUUCAGAGGAGAGCGAUACAUUGAUGGAGCCCUGAGCAACAAUCUGCCCUUCUCAGAUUCCCCCACCACCAUCACCAUCUCUCCCUUCCAUGGAACGGCAGACAUCUGUCCCCAGAGCAAUUCAGGCAGUCUGUACGAGCUAACCGCUUUCAAUGCCUGUUUCCAGAUCUCUACCAAGAACUUCUUUCAGGGCUUCAUAUCCCUGUUCCCCCCCAAGCCUGAGGUGGUGGCUGACUACUGCAGACAAGGUUAUCUGGAUGCUCUGAGGUUCCUGGAGAGACGGGGACUCACCAAGGAGCCAGUGCUGCGGUCACUGGUAUCAAAGGAGCCUCUAGCCCUCAAGGAGGGGCCCAGGAGUGCUGACUAUGACCAGGACCAGAAGCUUAGCCUGACUAUCAUGUGGGACAUCCCCAAUGUGCUGGUCAAGGAUGUGGCUGACUUCGAGCUGCUGUCGCCGGAGCUGGAGGCUGCACUGAGAAAGGCUUGCCAGCGAGACUUCUGGGCUCGAUUCCAGUGCUCGGUGCCAGGGAGGGCACUGACCUACCUGCUACUGCCCUGUACGCUGCCUUUUGAGUAUGUCUACUUCCGGAGCAGGAGGCUGCUGCUGUGGCUGCCUGAAAUGCCAGCUGACCUGUGCUGGAUGCAGGGCUUCCUGAAGAGUACAGCCCUUGAGAUCUACUCCAUGGCAAAGUCAAAGCUGCUCAGGCUGGGCAGCCCAUCUGUCACAGACUCUGGUCCCCGCCACCUGAGGAUAGCUGCUUCUGAGAACCGGGCCUUGAACCUCAGGCUUGCUAGUCGUGCACUGGGCUAG